AUGAUGGCAUACCCAAUGCUGGUCCAUGCCAAGUUUUGGCAAUGGGGUCCGUAUAGGCGCGCCGAGAAGAGAAGGGUCGUCAACGACAGUAAGCCACCUAUUCUGUUGGUUCUCCUGCACCCCACAGCACACUGAGUGAGGCAGACAAGUACACACACGAGCAGACAGAAAGGCAUGCAGCACAAGAAGUGAUAUUUCACGUGCGUCUUUUUUCCGCUUCAAUGCGUCCCCGUCUGUGUCGCUGAUGGCAUUGCAGUCAUCGGCCAGUCCCACUUGGGCCAGUCCGACCUCCAGGAGCUCCUCGAUGAUAUCAUUGACAUCAUCGAGGACAGAGACCGGGCGCAAUGUAGGCCUUAACUUACAACACAAAUGGAGGGACCCGAGCUCAUGCAUGGCUUUCCUCUCGACCUGUACGUCUGUGUGUGCAGACGAACUGCUGGAGGAGCGGGGGCUCUCGCGGGUCCGGCGGCGCGCCGAGAUGAACCAGCGCCUCGCCAAGGUCAGUGAGUGGAGGGCACCUGCAUGUGCCCUCCGGGCGGCGUCCCCGACAGAUUCCGUCCCUUCCUGUCGGUCUGUGUGUCUGCAGGAGGCGGCACAUACGCAGGUAGCCGAGCUGCAGCGCCAAGUGGAUGAGUUGCGAGCGGGUACAUCAGGCAGUCGGGCGGGCGGUAUUCCGCCACGCCGAGGAUGGCACAAAUGUAAUGUAUGUGUGUACUCUGUGGGUGUCCUCUGCAUGUGUCCGUGACUUUGCAGGCUGAGCGUGAGAGUCACGGGCCAGCCGGCUGGCGGUGCCAGUGUCCCACUGGGGGGGAGGGGAGGAUGGCUUCUAUACCAGCUCCCUGACCCGGUGGGACCUGGCCUAUUGGGAGAAGAAGGGGGCCUGGUGGGUCGUCACGUGGGAAAUGCCAGAGAAGCGCAGGGUCGUCAGCAACAGUAAGCCACCUGUUCUGUUGGUUCUCCUUCACCAUACAGACCGACGAUUUCGAUUCCUAUGGUUUCGAAUGCGCUUUCCAGGGCAGGGCAGAAAGGGUAACCGGGGGAUCGCCAGCGAAGGAAAAAGAGAGAAGAAGAAGAGGCGGGGGAUGAGCGCCAUCACCCCUGCCGAGUGGGCGGCCGGAGGCCCCCAGCUGCUCGCCAGGAUAGCGGAGAUUGCUCGUCAGAACAUCGCGGAGGAGCGUCGGCUUGCGGCAGGUGGGCGAGAACAACAACACUGCCAUGCACACAUCAGAGAGGCGCAGAAAUGCAGAUAGGUAGCUGGGUAGCUCUCAUUGCACGCAAUGACAUGGGCCUUCGACGAGCCCUGCGACGAGCGAACAAACCUUGAUGACCACGAUGCAUGCCUGCCUCCGUUCUGUGUGUGUGUGUGUGUGUGUGUGUUGCAGAGCUGGCCACCUAUGAUAGCGUCAGCCUGCUGCAGCUGUAUAGGGAGAGGGAGCACUUCCAUGGUCAGAACGAAUGUGUUAACACGUCGCGCAUGCGAUUGAUCCACACACACAUCUGUCCGUCUGUGUGGGCUUUGUGGCCUGCAGCCGAGUACGUGAAGUGGAAGGAGCAGUACCACCUUGACUCUCAGCGCAUCGACCAGCUCGCUAAGACCCUGGACAUCGCCAAGUCCAAUCAGGUGGGCUACGUUUCGGACAGCGGAGGCGUCGACGGCCCCAAGGGCACACCUGCUCAUCUGCUCAUCUGCCUGCUUGUGGGUGGCUGUACGAUGCCUGUGCGCAGGAGAAACUCAUCAAGGGCGUCACUGCGGCCAGGGUCAGCGGCUGAAUCACAGAAUGCACACACACACAGAGAGAGAGAGGCGGGGGGGAGCCCGUGACCUAUGUGUGAUUCAUCUCGCUUAUUCUGUCUGUCUGUGUCUGUGUCUGCGCCUUCAGGGCCACAGAAGCAGACCAAAGAGGUCAAGAACGAGAACGCGGCACUGAGGGCCAAGUUGGCCGACCUCGAGGAGCAGGUACAUUAAUUAUGUCACAUCAACGUAUCGACACCACAGCCAGCCAGCCAGCCAGCCCCACACCAAAGAAUCCUCACAUCCAUCCAUCCAUCUGUAAUAUAACAGCACAGAUCGGCAUCCUUCCUUUGUUGUCUGUUUGUUUAUGCAUGCACUUAUGUGUUGUUUCCCUCCCAGCUGCUGGCCAGGUCGACGGCCUCUGGCAGCCCCGCAAGCCCCUCGUGCUCGCCCGCUGCCUCGCCGCCCCCUCCCUCCCCCUGUCCCUCUCCCUCGGCCUGUCCCCCUCAGUUGGCCCCCAUCGAAGCCCACAAGGGCGUCCAGGCCAGCCCUGUGACUUCAGAUGCUGCCGUCGACCAUGAGCCCGCAUCGCUCGGCGCCAUGGCAACCCAGACGGAGCUGGUGUCCAAGGACCAGGGCGUGGCCACCGUCGAGGUGCACAUACGGGAGCGCGGGGUCGACACACGAGGCCUGCUGACGAAGGCCACCAAACAUGCACGGCCACUCAACAACAGCGGUGUGCAGGUUGAGAGGUUCAGGACUACAUCUCUGUGCGUCCUUGUUUGUCGUUCAUUCAGCAGCAGGAGGUGUUUCGGAGGCGGUUUAUUAUCGCUGCUUACAUUUUAUAUAGUGAAGUCUCUUCGGCAAUCAGCUACAGACAGGUGAGCUCAAGAUAGGCCGUAUCCAUCCAUCCAUCCAUCGCCUCAGAUCGACGAAUGAUCCUCCUUCUCUCUAUGGACUGACUGUGUGGUCAUCAGGUUCUCAGUUGCUGGCACAGUCGUCGAGGCGCAGCACGGCUGCACCAGCGCCAAGUAUGUUUCACGCGUCCUCGUGCAUCAACCCGACCAUUCCCGACCAUCCGCCGGUGACCAACAUCAACCCCACACCGGCCUGCAGUUCCAUCUUCAGUAAGGGAGGGAGGGUGGCUCUAUCUGCCAGUCAGACCACAGCCACACAUGGAUGGAUGGAUGGAUGUGUGUGUGUUAUCGGUCGGUGUGCCGCAGGUUGGUCCACCUUUGUUUGACGUGCCAGCGUCGCGACAUGAACGACUGCCACCUCAAGGCACAGCUCAAAAAGUGAGACAGAAAGAAACAGAUGCACAGGGGGGUGAGGUGAGCACACGUGGACGCCCGCCGGACGAUUAUAUCGAUCGAUUAUUCGUUCGUUCUGUCUUGGCAGCUACUCAGAGCACAUUCGCCACCUCGAGAGUGAGAUUCACCUCCUCAAUACCAAAAUCGACCUGUAAGUCAGAGGUCAAGCAGAACUGUGUGCGUUGCGAGCGCAACAAGAUGUGUGUGGCACGACUCGAUGAGGAUAUCGAAGCGUAAGCGUCCGAAAAGGAACAAAGGCAAGCAACUGAGAGCACCUGGACGUCACGGACGGUUGUCUCGUUUUGUCUUGGUUUGAAGCCUCCAAGCCUCCGUCGACAUCCUUCAUUAAGGCCGAUUCAAGUGGGACUGAACGAAGCCAUAUCGGACACCCAUGAGCGCCGCAUUCAUUUUGUUGUGUGCAGCGUGCGUGUCAAAUCAUUGGCCUCCGCACUGAUAAUGGUCGAGACCCACAUAGCCGGUGGGUAGACCAUCCAUUUCUUGCGCUUCCAUGGUUCACACACACCUGUGUGUGUAUGUCCGUCCGCGUGUGUGUGUGAGCUCAGAGUUUGAUGAGCUAUUCGCCCCCAGUGACGACCUCCUGCGGACCGUAUCAGAGCUCCGCGCCAGCAUCGAUGAGGCGAAAGACGACAUCCUCGAGUACUGCAGCCUCAACAACGAUCCCUGUCCGACUCUGAAGGAGGCGCUCCACAACGUCAAGUGUAGGCUCAUUCACCACACACACGCCCCAAACAAUGUGUCCGCAUGUGUCUGUGUGUGUUUCUGUCUCCGUGUGUGUGGCAGUUGUGGCCAAAGAUCAUCGCCUGAGAAUCACUACCACUCAGCAUUGUCGGUGGUGGUUUUCAAUGACCACAGAGGGGCUGCCUGCAGACGUCAUAUGUGUGUGAUGGUGCGUUGAUGCGUGUGCAGCGGAUGGCUUUGUAGUUUUGGAGGCGCGGCAUUCCGACGGGUUUGUGAAGUCUGCCCUGGACUACUUCAACGCGUUCAGCUCCGCUUGCCACAAGGUAAGAAAUCUCAAACACAGACCACACACACACGCAACACUUGUCCAUCUGUGCACCUCAGGCAAGGCAGCAGCUACCCAUGUGAGCAGCUGGCCGACAGAGGAAUGGCACACGCACAUCUCAACUCUCACCUGUCCCACUGUCGUGCCUGUCCUGGCUGGGUGUGUAUAGACUCAUCACCAAGAUCAAAGAGGUGGAGGGGCCGGCGACCGAGAAGGCCAAGGAGUUUAACAACAGCAAAAACAUCACGACAUUCGAUACUGACAAUCAGGUGGGUGAGCACCCACACACAGACACACGGAUGGAUGGAUGGAUGGAUCGAUGGCAGACACGUGCGACCGCGUGUGUGUGUCUAUGUGGGUGUGUGGUGCAGGUGUGCGCCGUAUGGGCCAACAUAUUCAGCAUCAAGAAGCUGCUGACACUCGCGGCUGACACACUCCAGAAGGCCGCCGCGGGGACCCAAGAGCUCACGGUGAGCGCUACAUAUCUCUUGUUCCACGACACACAUGACACACUCUGUCUGUGUGUGGGGCGGGGCGUACGUGUGUGUCAGGUGUGUAUCCAGGAGGUACUAUAGACGUAGAUAUUGACGUGCGGCUGUUUAAAUCAGGCGCCCAUAUACCGACCGGCGGGGAGCUACGACGGUCAGACAGACACCAAACAGUCAGUAGACAUGACUUGGCAUGACCCACACGCUCAUUCUGUGUUAAAUACUGUGUAUCGUGUAUCGUGUGUUUGUGGCAGCUCGAGCUUUUGGGAGUCGUUGGGUCUUUUUACACAUCGCUGGCUACAUUUUAUAUCCCGACGUCAGUGGAAACGCAAAGACACGCCCUGUCUUCGUCAUUAUGUACUGGCCACCAAAAGUCACCAACAUGUAAGCCAACGAGGAGAGGAGGGAUACAAGGGGAGGUGGCGGCAAUUGCUCUGCAUGUGUGUCGCCCAGCUCAGCUUGAGGCACAUGCAGCGCUUCUCCGUGACCAGGACAGCAAGGAGGAGGUGAGCACACGAACGAAUGUGUGUACACCUUUCCACUUUGUGUGUGUUCGAUGGGUGCAGAUCAAGGUGGCCAUUCCCGAAGGCGACACACAAACGACCACACAGGGAAGUGACGAAAGGAGAAAGGCCAAUGCGCGUUAG